GUGAAUGCCACAGGAGACAUCCAGCUGCUGGGUGCUCUAGACAUCGAUCCUUCUUAUACAGUUAAUUCGCGACUCUCGCUGAAGCAGUCGGACGCCUACCAGAAAAGCGUUGGCACACAGUUUGCAAAGGGCCCUCUCAGCAUUGACAGCCCCUUUUUCAGGCUCUCGCAAGACGACCAGGCCUACCUCAACACGACGCUCUCCGUCAUGUUACAGGUAAACCUGGGUGGCUCCCUGUCUGUGUUCGACUCGGCCAGGAGCUAA